AUGCUCGCCUCGGCGCUGGCUCGUCUCUCUCUUCCUACGGUAGCAGAUCAGUUGGGGGUUUACGUGGCGGCUCAGAAUUCUGAUUGGAACUCAGUCGAGCCAUCAGCUGCAGCUUCGCUCCUCUAUUCGGCUGCGCUAUUUGCACUGCAACCUCCUGGGCGGCAGCCUGAGACGAUGACGGCAGAAACGCUGCAACCAGCACUUGUCCGAGCACGACGGGUCGCGAAGAAGGAUCCGGAGGUGGCCUCCGCUUUGGGUCUCUUCGCCGUUACAGAUGUGGGAAAAGCCAUGGGAGCGACAGCCCCUCUAGUACAGACUAAUCGGCCAAGAUGCGGCUUUGAAGUGUCCUUGCUGGACCACAUACGACAAAACUGGACGGGAGUUGACAUAAUCGAGAACGCGGUGACUGUGGGACCUGUUGUGGCCCUAGCUGCGAUAUCUCCCAUACAAGUCGCAGCCUUUGCUCAGAGGCGGGCAGCAAUCUCGGAGGGAGACUAUGGUGAUGAGUUCGAAUUUCCCAAGGCGCCCCCUUUGAAACCGGACGACUGGGUCAUUUUGGAAGCUCUUUCGGACGGCCACAAGACUUGGUAUAGGAAGCUUUGUAUUCGCUACCGCCGUAUCUACGUUCAUUCACGUAUCAUUACUCUGAAGCCUUGGCGUCACAAACGAUGA